AUGAAUAGUAAACCGAGUACUUCUAAGCGUUCUAGUAGCGUCAAAAAGACAUCGUUUUGCAAAAAAAGACGUAACAGUAGUGAUGAAGGUGAAGGAAUUGACAUGGAUCUCUUAGAAUUUUCGAGUGAUGAAGAGGUUUAUUCGCAAUGUGAUUAUGAAGAUGGAUCAUCUGAAGAGGAAAGUGAUGACAGUAAUUUGAGCAUUUUUGAUACUCGUAAACAACCUGAAAUGAUAAAGCAUACAUUGAAUACUCUCCAGAAGUCAAGUUCAGCCUUGACGUCAACAAAAUCAAAUAACAUAGCUUCUAAGCCACGUCCAUCGCAUGUGUCAGCUGAAUUCUCCUCUGCUUCAAAAACGAUAGAUGAUAUUAUGCCGCAAUCUCCUAAGGAAAUGGAGGAUGAGCUUAUGCCACAACCACCACCAGCAAAUAGCCGGCAUAUCCCUUCCAUAGUACAGGAUUACAAUGAACUUCCUGACUUACCUGAUUAUCUAUUACGAGAGAAUAUGUCUACCCCUAGUUUUUCCCUGUUAAGAUCUGACGUGCCUACUCCUGACUACUGUGAUGGCAAUUUAGCAUCCGAACCUCAUAAUUCACCUAGCUCGUCUUUGCCUCACUUGCCUAUUCGUAAUAUUGCGGAAAACUUACCCUCUCGAGAAGGAUCUUCAGAACGUGGUGAUUUAGUCAGCCCGUCUAUUUUCCUUUCGCCUAUUCCAAAUAAUGCAGAAAAUUUACUCUCUCGACAGGUAGCUGCAGCUAUUCGAAACGAUAAAAAUGUACCCUCUCUAGAUUGUCCUACAGAAACUUGGAGCACUGAUCGAAGCUCAAUGAAGACAAUUUACUUUACUCAGUCACAAGAGCUACUAGUACCGCCUCCAGCGAAUCCUUUUGAAGCAUUGAGACUUUUGAUUAAUGAUAAAUUGAUAGACCUAAUUGUGCAAGAAACUAACGCUCACGCAGUAAGAGUACUAUCUUCACCUGGUGUAACAGAUCAAUCAAGAAUCACACGCUGGAAGGAUGUAACACGUGAAGAACUUUGGACAUUUUUUGGACUGCUCCUGCAUACAGGAACAAUUCGCCUAAAUAGGCUAAGUGAUUAUUGGAAAACACACUGGCUAUUUAAAUUACCAUGUUUUUCUCGUUACAUGCCAAGAAACCGUUUUAUGUUAAUACUACGUUGCCUACACUUCUCUUCUGAUUCAAAUGAGGAAGAUAGGUUGGUUCCAAUUCGCCCAAUCAUGAACCAUUUUAAUGAGACGAUGAAACGUAUUUACAGUCCAGGUAAACAGUUAUCACUUGACGAGUCGAUGGUUUUAUGGCGAGGUCGACUUAUAUUUCGGCAAUAUAUUAAAAACAAGCGCCACAAAUACGGUAUAAAGUUAUAUGUUCUGGCGGAACCGGAUGGCACGGUCUUGAAUUUUCAAGUAUACAGUGGUGCAAAUGAUACUACCUCAGGAAAAGGACACACAGAAAAAAUUGUCCUGAAAUUGCUCGAAGAAAGAUUAGACUACGGCCACAGUAUAUACAUGGAUAAUUAUUAUAAUUCCUACAAUUUGGCAGUAAAAUUACUGGAACGAAAAACUUACUGCACAGGCACGUUGGGAAAAAACAGAAAAAAUAAUCCAGUGGAUCUCGGUUCAGUCACACUCAGAAAGGGAGAAAACAAGUCAUCAUUCUUGAACGGUGUCCACAUCGGUAAGUGGAGAGACAAACGGAACGUGCUCUAUAUAUCCACGGAACAUGACGACGAGAUGGUAGAAGUUGCUAGCAAAAGGGGCCAAGUGUUGCUAAAACCCUCAGCUAUAGUCCAUUACAACAGCUUUAUGUCUGGGGUAGACCUUCAGGACCAAAUGUUGGCCUAUUACCCAUGCCAAAGAAAGACGCUGCGCUGGUACAAAAAACUUUUUGUACAUAUUCUACAAAUGAGUCUAAGUAACGCCUUUUACUUGUUUAAUAAAUACUCAAAUUCCGACAAGAUGAACCUCUAUGAUUUUCGAAUGGCUAUCUUAGAAAAUCUUUUACCUCAACCUGUACCAACGGAGCAAAUUAAGUCUAAGUUAAAAAUUCAACACCACUUGACAAAAAUAGAAAAUUUUAAAUUACGUGAAAAACGAGAUGGUAAUUCCACAAAAAUUACUAGAGAAAUCAUCAGGAAGGAGUGCAAGGGCUGCAGAGCCAAGAAGAAAAGAGUAGCUACCUUAUAA